CUUUUUGGUUGCUGAGCACCUGACAUUGCGCGUUGCCACCAGACAUCGCCAUGGCCGGCAUGGGCUACGGUGCCACGCUUGUCGCAUGUCGUGGGGAAGAACGGCUCGUUGAGAUCGAUGUGGUUGGCUUGGAUGGCAGCAGCUUCCGGCUCGGUCCCGUCUCUGAGUCUCUCACCGGUGCUCAACUCUUGCAACGGAUCGCACAGCUGGUGCCGAAGGUGGCUGGGAGAGUGCGGGUGCAGAACGGCUCGGAAGCGCUUUCACUGCAAAAGACUCUAAAGGAACAAGAUCUGGUUGGGGAAUCACCUUGUGCCUGGUCUGCAGUCGAAGCUGUUUGUCGCUGUCGCAGUCGCACCAGACUUAUAGUCCCGGCCGAAACCAUACCCUCAGGUUCGGUGGUUAGACCCCACAACGCACCCCAACCACCUUCGAAACGGAGGUGGGCCAGGAGCAUUAGGGUAAUAGUCCCGGCCGAAACCUGGACCAUUCGUGCGAACCCGAACAGGGCGAGACUUUUUUGGCGCUCGAUGACUUCAGCCACUGCCCCUGUGCACCGAGGCUUCAGGUCCUGGAGACUUGGUUCGCCAGUUCCAUUUCGCUUGGCACAUGAGGCACGUAGGGCAGAUAUCUACAUAACUCCAUCCUCCAAGCAUUUGCCAAUCAUAUACUAAGGUGUGUCCUACAUCUAUGAACCAUCCAGCUUACAGGAUGCCUGGAACCUGCUACAAGGCUUGCCAGCCGAUGAUCCAGCUCUCCGGGCACUGGAAGGAAUCAGCCACAUGGAAGGAGUGGAAGCGGCACGGCUCAAUGAGCUGAGGAUUCUUCCCCAAAGCCUUCGGAGUCUCAGCUUCUGCGAUCAUCUCAACCAGUGUCAAAUGGAGCACGUCCAAUGGCCGAGUGGCUUACAACGUCUGGUGUUGGGUGACGGCUUCAACAAACGCUUGGAUCACGUGGCUUGGCCCAGUAGCCUUUGCAGUCUGACCUUGAGCGCUUCCUUCAACCAGACUGUGGAGGGAGUCAGGUGGCUCGACAACUUGCGAACUUUGACUUUCGGCAUUGCACUCUUGGGACUUCCUGAGAGUAUGUUUGCUUCAGUGCUUAUUUUACCUCCUUGCAAGGUUCUGUCGCAACCUUGUGCCCUGGCCAGCCACGGGUUAACUUGCCCAUGGCUUGCUGAGUAGUGAUCUUUUAGAGCAAGCUCUGGCACGCUGUUGUUCGAGCGAACUUGUGAUGCCAAGUUUUGUGCCCGCAGUGUUCGGCCUGAACGUGCUAAGGGGUCGCCUCCCUCCUCUAAAGCAUGGGCUACCUCUUCGGGUUUUCACAAUGAUUCUAUUGCUGUUCGUAGAUGUAAGAGACUCCACCGUGCAGCUGUGGAGCAGGCUAAGUUAGAUUCCGAAGGGCCUCUAACGCAGAGUCAACUCAAGCAUUGGCUUGCUGCUGUUAACGACAAGGUAGUUGCUUCUAUCAUUUUUGAAAUUCCUCGUUCUCAGAGUGAUGCCAUCGCCACUGCAUCAAAAGCCAUAAAGUUCCUUUGUGAUUCGGAUGAGCAGAGCAAAAAUGCGUCUUGGAAACAACUUUUCCGCCAGUGGAAUCACGUGACUGUCAAAGCUGCAAAAGAAGUUUUGAAGCCUGAUUUGAACCCUCCUCCUGUCUCUGCCCAGGAGCUGUUGGAUGAUUGGAAGGCUUCUUUUGCACCUCCCCAGGACAUGGAUCGCGGGGAUGCUUGGCUCAACGCUGCUCGUGAGGCACAACUCCAGGCUUGCACUCCCGUCGAAGAUUUUGUAACUUGGGAAGAUUUCUUAGAUGCUGCGGAAAAUGCCAAAGGUUCCCCGGGUCUGGAUGGCUGGACUAGUGCUGAGUUUCGUUUUUUGGCACGGUCGUGUCCUUGGCUCCUUCGCAAGCUUUUCGACAUUUUAAGAUGCGUCGUCCUUAAAUCCGAUUCUAUCGAUCCUAAUCAGUGUCCUACUGUUUUUCUUUUGUUCAGUUGGAAACUUGUAGGAAUCCCAAAGCGAGCUUCUGAUGAAUCUCGGCCUAUUGCUGUCAGUUCCAUCAUUUUGCGUUGUUGGAAUAAAGCAGUUUUAAAAGUAUUGCCUCCAUUGCCUGCAGACCAGUGGGCUGGCCGCAAGGAGACCAGCGUUGCUCAUGCUACUGCUGAUUGGCUUGCUCACCCUGGCCAAUGUGAUUCUUCGACCUUGGCAUGCGAUCAUUCACCUCAAGCACCCCAUGGUUAGAACGUGGGCAUAUUGUGAUGACAGGUCGCUGCGGUGCUCCGGUACUUUGGAAGACCUGAAUGAGGCUCUCGCUUCAACUCGUCGUUUUGAUGAUGUUGUUGGUUUCUCUGAAAAUAUGAAGAAACGACAAAUUUGGGCAAAUAAUGAUGCCGUUGAACACCUUAGUCUCUCGGUGUGCCCCGCCUCGCAAGAUUUGCCCACUUUGCGCAAUGGGUGGGAUGCCAUUGCCGAUAAUUUUCCUUUUCUUGCGAAGAUUCCUGGUGGCGUCAUGCCCCGCGAGAAUGCCGUCCGUGUUUUCUUCAAAAGCAAAUGGACCUGGCCGGUGCCUCUCAUUGCACCCCCACCUGUUUCGUUUGUGAGUAAGCUUUUUCACCAACUUUUGAAUCACACAAAGUGCUCUUGGUGGUGUAGUGGCAGGUUUUGGGCUGAUAGAAUUGACAUUCAUCCAAUCUUUGGCUUGGCCUGUGCAGCUGUGUUGUCUGCGCACCGCUUUCAUAAUCCACCUCCAAACGCUGUUUUCCGUGCAGUUAAGUUUUACCUUGAACUCUUGGAUUUGCAUCUUGUGUCUUGGGAUAAUAGGGGCCUGUACUUUUCAGUUAACCCUCAAAAUCAAAAUUUGAGCCGUUUCGUUAGUGCGUAUGGUGAAUCCAUCAAACUCAUGCCAGAAGGUGUUCCACCUCAUGUCCUUCGGGUUGCUGCUAGACACAAAAGCCUUUUGCAGAUCCGGCCUUCUCGAUUGGACUCUGAAGAUUUCAGUAACAUAGAUGUUGAGGCUUCGUCCCACCCUCUAUGGUCAACGUGGCGAGCAAAGCUUUCUCGCAAAAACCUCAUUGUUCUUAAUAUUUAUCGGGGUGGUGCGAUCCAGACCCCUACAAGAGGAGGGUAUAGCCAUGAUCCUUCUUGCCCUUUCUGCAAUGCGCAGCUCGCCUCCAUGCGGCAUUUUUGGGCAUUGUGCCCCAAGUUCAGAGCAAAGCGAGAUUUUCUUGAGGGUUUUUUCAAAUCCCUUCUGGUUGGUGGGCACUUCAGCCUCGCGUCACCUCCAAAAGUGGUUGGGUUGUGCUUUCUGCAGCCGUUUCGGCUGUGCAAAGAGCCAAAUGCCAGAUUGCUGCUUGUGAGCUUGCUUUCGAAAUCAACGAUGCUUUGCAUCCCAUUUCUUCUUCUCCUUAGGUUCUUUUCCGGGUUCCGCCUGGAUUGUUUUCAUUUGCCCUCGGGCGCUUGCAUUUUGCGACAAGGUUUUCUUUCCUUGCCUUUAUCCGUGCAAAGCCCGGUACUAACCGGGGUGCGUCUAACUACCUACGGGCUUAGGUUGGCGCACGCAUUGUUUUUUUUGACUUUCGGCAAUAUGUUCAACCAAAGUUUGGAGGGAGUUUCGUGGCCCAGAGAGCUCCAGAACUUCACCUUCGGCCACUAUUUUAAUCAAAGCUUGGCACGGGUCUCCUGGCCUAAUGGCCUCCAAACUUUGAACUUCGGAAUGGACUUCAACCAGCGUUUGGAAGAAGUGCGUUGGCCCAGCAGCCUGCGAUCUCUCAAACUGGGUGAUUGCUUCAACCAGAGCUUGCUGGGAGUGGCUUGGCCCAGCAGUUUACGCCAAAUCACGUUUGGUUUGCAGUUCAAUCAAAGCUUGGAAGGGGUCACUUGGCCUGAGAGCUUCCAACAUUUGAUGCUGGGCGACUUUUUCAACCAACCUUUGAAGGGAAUCGCUUGGCCUAACCUUGAAGUCUUAGCCUUUGGCAGUUCUUUCAACCAACCUUUGGAGGGACUUCCGGCCAGCCUGGUGACCUUGAGCCUCAGCCGGAAUUUCGAUCAGCCCUUCGGUGGGCCCAGCAGAUGGCCCAGCAAUCUGCAGAGAGUUUCCUUCGGUGAUCGUUUCAACUGCAGCUUGGAGCACGUGACCUGGCCAUGCCACCUGCGCAGUGUGAGAUUUGGCCGAAACUUCAACCAGAGGCUGCAAACAACCUGGCCCAACUGCCUGGAGAGCUUGAGGUUAGGAGAGUUCUUUGACCAGAGCUUGGAGGGAGCGACGUUUCCCGGCAGCCUGCAGUCUUUGACACUGGGCAGUCGGUUUAACCAGAGUUUGGAUAACGUCACUUUUCCAAGCAGCUUACAGACACUGGAGCUUGGUGAUGGCUUCAAUCAAAGUCUGGAGCAAUUUGACUUUCCUUGCAACCUUCAACAAUUGACGUUUGGAGACAGAUUCAAUCAAGAGCUGGAGGGAGUCACUUUUCCACCUAGCCUUCAAAGUGUGACCUUUGGAGCCGAAUUCGAUCAACUGAUCCAGGGGGUGACUUGGCCCGUGGAUCUACAAAGCUUGACGUUUGGGGAGGGAUUCAUGCAGAGUUUAGAUGGCGUCACCUGGCCCAACAACUUGUUACAUCUCAAGCUUGGCGACCGCUUUAAUCAGCCUUUGGAGGGCGUCGCUUUGCCACGCAAGCUCCAAAGCUUGACCCUUGGAGCCCAGUUUCAGGGGAGUGUGGAGGGGGUGACUUGGCCGGACCACCUUCAAAACUUGACUUUCCGAGGCCCGAUAGGCCAUCAGAAUUUGGAGCGUGUGACUUGGCCUUGCAACCUCCUGAGCUUGACGUUGGAUGUUGGUCGCGACAAACCCUUGUUAGGAGCCAUCUUGCCGAACACUCUCCAGAGCCUGACGCUGACUUCACACGAUUUCGUACAGAUCCAACGUACGAAUCCGUAUUUGAUAGAUCGCUUCCGCACGAAUCUGGCAGCGGUAGCCCUGCCAAGGGGGCUGCGCCACUUUAAAUGCCUUGGGCUGGUCCUAAAAGCCCUCGAAGAUGAUACAAAUGAGGUUUGAAGC